AUGGAAAGGACAAACCUGAGCCAGGAGAUGGAGUUUGAGCUCUUGGGCCUCACCAGUGACCCCCAGCUCCAGAAGCUGCUCUUUGUGGUGUUCCUGGUCAUGUACGCCAUCACUGUGCUGGGGAACCUGGUCAUGUUCUUUCUCAUCCACGUGAGUACCACUCUGCACACACCCAUGUAUUCCCUCCUCAAGAGCCUUUCACUCCUGGAUUUCUGCUACUCUUCCACAGUGGUCCCCCAGACACUGAUGAACUUCUUGGUUGAGAGAAAGGUAAUCUCUUACUUUGGCUGCAUGGCUCAGAUGUUCUUUUAUGCGGGCUUUGCCACCAGCGAGUGCUAUCUCAUCGCCGCAAUGGCCUAUGACCGCUACAUCGCUGUUUGCAAUCCUCUCCUCUAUGCAACCAUCGUGUCUCCCAACGUCUGUGCCUCUCUGAUCGCGGGCUCCUAUAGCGCAGGAUUUCUCAAUUCUCUUAUCCAUACAAGCUGUAUCUUCAGUCUGAACUUCUGUGGUGCUCACGUGGUCACUCAUUUCUUCUGUGAUGGACCGCCCAUCCUGUCUCUGUCCUGCGUGGACACUUCGCUGUGUGAGAUCCUGCUCUUCAUUUUUGCCGGCUUCAACCUUCUGAGUUGUACUCUCACCAUCUUGAUCUCCUACUUCUUAAUCUUCAUCGCCAUCCUACAAAUGCAUUCAGCUCAGGGCAGGUUCAAGGCGUUUUCCACCUGUACGUCCCACCUCACUGCUGUGUGCUUCUUUUUUGGCACAACACUUUUUAUGUACCUGCGCCCUAGGUCCAGCUACUCCCUGACCCAGGACCGCACAGUUGCUGUGAUCUACACAGUGGUGAUCCCAAUGCUGAACCCCCUAAUCUACUCUUUGAGAAACAAGGAUGUGAAGGAGGCUCUGCGGAGGGUCUGGGUCUGGAAAUCAAUGGGAUGA